UUUCAUGCGUUUUUUUUUAAUUUUAUACUUUAAUUCCUAAUGAUACCUUUCGAUUUUCAAAUUUGGCGGGACGGUGCUCGCGCAGUUACUGCGCUUGCGUAUUGCGUUGAUCACUCCUCCGGUCUUCCACAGGCGUUUUGCCGACGUCUCUGGGGCUGUUUGGCUUUUAGAGCAGUUUCUUGCGGCUUUUCCGAAGUUUGUAUUUACUGAUUUCAAUAGCGAAAACUGCAGCAAUAAGAUGUCAUCCGUACUCUGUCCAGAAAUCCCAGCUCCUGGGUUUUCUUUUGAGCUUUGUCAAAGAAAUGCUUUAUUAGCGAAGAAAGGUUAUCCAGCACCCAAAGCCCAAAAAACUGGAACAACAAUUGUUGGAAUUAUCUACAAAGAUGGUGUCAUUCUUGGUGCUGAUACAAGAGCCACUGAAGGAAGCAUUGUUGCUGACAAAAAAAGUGAAAAAAUCCACUAUCUCGCUAAGAACAUGUAUUGCUGCGGUGCUGGCACAGCCGCUGACACUGAAAUGACAACUGAGAUGAUCUCCAGUCAGUUGGAGUUACACCGUCUUAACACUGGCAGAAUUGUUCCAGUUGUUACUGCCUCCAAGCUGCUGAAACAAUUGCUGUUCCGUCAUCAAGGACAUAUUGGUGCUGCUCUGAUUGUAGGAGGUGUAGAUAACUCAGGACCCCAUUUAUAUUGUAUUUACCCCCAUGGAUCUUGCGAUACAUUGCAAUAUACCACGAUGGGAUCAGGUUCAUUGGCAGCAAUGUCGGUUUUUGAAAGCAGAUGGAAACCUGGAAUGAGUGAGGAAGAAGGAAAAGAGUUGGUUGCUGACGCCAUCCGUGCUGGUGUAUUCAAUGAUCUCGGCUCUGGAAACAGCGUCGACGUUUGCGUUAUUCGCAAAGGAUCUACAGACUACAUUCGUCCGUACGAACUGUCCUGUGUCAAAGGUGAAAGACAAGGCUCAUACCGUUACAAGAGGGGUACCACUGCUGUUCUCACAAAAAAUAUCAGACCAGUCAUUGUUGAAGAUGAAGCCGUACGCAGAGUUGAGCCUGAAUCUAUGGAUACUUCUUCGUGAAUACAUUUUUAUAGAUAAAAUAUUUCAAGUUUGUAAGCUGAUCGGUAAAUAAAACUACGUUUCUUUUUUUCAUUGUA